GUCAAUGUCAAAAAAUUUAACACGAAAAAAGAAAAACAUCGAAGAGUGGAACAGAACAAGAAUUUAAUUUUCGGCUUUAAUGGUUGCUGACGUGUUUAAUUAGAAUUAAUACAUAAAAGAGAGAUUUAUAUUAUUAUCGAAUAACGAAUAAUCAGUUUCAUUAUGAGGAAGCUAAAAGGAACAGUAAAGGAAACCGCGCGACAAAAACGCGAAAGGAAACAGGAGUUCGCCAAAAUGCGUCAACAAAUACAUACGAUUGUUUUGCCGACUUUCGCAGUUAUUUUUCUCUUGAUAUGUAUCUACGUUUACUUCAAAACGAGACCCUCUGCGAUGCAAUAUGCAUAACGGACGCAUUUAUUUUUUUGUGUGUGUAAAUAGUAAAUUAAUACGUAUACUAAUAUAUUAUUAAAGUGUGACAAAUGGAAAAUAAUUCUGUAUACAAAUAAAAUUUAAGUAAUACGGUUGUGAAUUCGUUGGUGUGAAUAUUAUCUUGUAUUCAGGGCUCUGUUAUCAAUGUAAUAAAUGUAUAAAAAUGAAAGUAUACAUUAGAAAUUUGUUUUGUUACAUUCCAUAAUCAAUACAUAUCAUAUUAUUAUAAUUAAUAAUGUUUUAAUUUCUAUUUGUAUGCAAUCUUGCAUUGCAAACAAUUAAUUUAAAAUUGAAUAAAAUAUUAAUAAAUAAAGCAUACAUUUAUCAAACAGAUUUUGUUGUAGAAUUCCAUAUUAUAAUUUACUUGUAAAAUGCAGAAAAGACUCAGUCUUUCAAACUUAAUUUUAUGUAAUCAUAAUUACCCUAUUAUGAUACAAUUAGGCAGAAUGAUAAGACAUGACAAAAUGUGACAUCAAAAAUGAAUAUAUUGCAGGGAAUAAAUAAUAGGUAUAUUAUUCAGUCAAAAAUUAUUUUUUAUAUACAUCAAUUUCUUUGCAAAUCUGUAUUUUGAUUAUAAAUUGUCUUGUUAUACCACUUGGUCUGGUUAACUAAGUUUCUACUGUAUAUCACUUGAUAUUACAUCAUCAAUUAAAUAAAAGUAUUUUAACCCUAAAUAAAUAAGCAAAUAUGGAAGCAGGUGUGAAUUUUCAUGUACAAACACCUGUUCAUAGGUAGUUCAGAAAAAUAAAAAGAUGUAUAUUUAAAUAUUACACACACACAUUUAUAUUUGCCUUCAUUCUGGCACAUUUGGUACAUUUAACCUAAGAAGUAAUGUUAAAUUACUUAUUAUUGUAUAUUAAAUUAUUACCCUUGCCAUCAUGUUUCUAAUUUACAUUACAUUUUGUAUCUUUAUCUUCAGUAGUUGAAAAGGAUUAUUUUAUAAUCAAAUUAAACAUAUAAUAUUUUUUAAAAACAUUUUAUUUAAACUAUUUACUUAAUACUAUGUACAAUGUUACAAAUAAUAUAAACAAAGAAUAAAAAUCUAUUCUAAUGUAAAUAA